CCUGUCCCGUCCCGCUCCUCGCCGCCGCCUCCGCUCUCCAGAAAGUGCAUUUCCGCCCGGGCCGAAGGAGGAAACGGGGCCGCGGGAGCGGGAGGCAGCCGAGCCGCGGGGCGGUGCGGGGGGAUGCUCUAGGGAAGGGACGGCAGCGCCGGGAGGAGCAGCCCUGCCCCGGAGCUUUUAUUUCGGAUGCUGACACUCCACGUUGCUGCUCUCGGGCAUUCAUGGGAGGCAUCUGAAGCCAGGCUGGGGAGGAGCAGCAGCGCUUGGACAGUCAGACAGGGGCUGCUGCUCUGCUGCACCCUUGGCUUCCCAGGGCUCUGCCAUGGAGGGGCUCUGGGUGCCUGGUGUCCUGCUGCUUUCCUGCCUGCUGCUGCCCUCCCCUGUGGGCAGCCAGACCAGACCCAGCCCUGACCGGCGUUUGGAGAUGGACCCCACAGAGGCACCGUCCCAGCACCAUGCUGCCAGGGCCAUGCAGGAGCAGCAGGUCAGCAGUGCCCAGGAGAUGCCCCUGCAGCGCCGCUGCGUUCACUGCUGUGAGCAGCCCAACCAGCGCUUUUACCAUCCCCAGUACCAGCCCCUGCCUCAGAUCAACGUGACCAUCCUGAAAGGUGAGAAGGGGGACCGCGGCGAGCGAGGCGUGCAGGGCAAGUUUGGCAAGACAGGGGUGGCCGGCAGCAGGGGCCACGCAGGGCCCAAGGGCCAGAAGGGCAGCAUGGGCGCCCCAGGAGAGCGAUGCAAGAGCCACUACGCUGCCUUCUCGGUGGGCCGCAAGAAACCCCUGCACAGCAAUGACUACUACCAGACCCUCAUCUUCGACACGGAGUUCGUCAACCUCUAUGACCACUUCAGCAUGUUCACGGGCAAGUUUUACUGCUACGUCCCUGGGAUCUACUACUUCAGCCUCAACGUGCACACCUGGAACCAGAAGGAGACGUACCUGCACAUCAUGCGCAACGGGGUGGAGGUGGUGAUCCUCUAUGCCCAGGUGAGCGACCGCAGCAUCAUGCAGAGCCAAAGCAUCAUGCUGGAUCUGCAGGAGCAGGACGAGGUCUGGGUGCGGCUCUACAAGGGUGAGCGUGAGAACGCAGUCUUCAGUGACGAGUACGACACCUACAUCACCUUCAGCGGCCACCUCAUCAAGUACAGUGGGGACCCCUGAGCGCUCGGGGGCCCCCUGCUCCUCCUGCCCUGGGGCAGGUGUCCGAGGAGCCCCUGCCAUCCCUCACCCUGGGCAUGCCACUGCUGUUAGCUGUUUGCCCAUACACGUGCCACUACCCCCAGCGUGUGAACAUCCCCACCGCAGCUCCUUGAGGCCCAUCGAAGGAACCUCGAGGAGGCAGAGCCGUUUCCAGCCUCUGCUGCACUGGAGAGUCAGGAGGCAGCUGUACACUGGGUGCAGGCAGGGAGCUCAUCCCCUCCUGUGCCUGCUCCAGAGCUGGGUUUGCUGGGACAGAGCCUGAGCUGACACCAGCAGAACGGGUUUGACUG